AUGGCCGGUGCCCCGAACAUAGUAAGGACUUUGAGAUCGAAGAAGACGGUUAAGGAUCACGAUGCUGAUAAGUUUAAUUUCGACAAAGAAGAGUUUGAGAUACCUCCCAAGCAAAGGCUAAAAGUUACGAACUGGGGUAAAUCUCGACAAGAACCUGCGAAUGGAGUGCCAAGACAAACAGCAAGUGGCACUGAGCAAGAUGUCUUGUCUGAUUUAGAACAAAAAACUGAAAAGAUCAGUAGCAUGAUACUGGACAUAGCCAACCAUAAACUUGCUGAUAUUGACCCAAACAGUUGCGAAGACUUGCUUUCAGAUGCACUCUAUAACUCCUUCCACAAGCACAUGCUAAGGCAAGAGACUCGGAUGCUCGAGGGGGAUGUUGCAGAGGGUGAGGCAGAAGCUGAAAGACUCCAUUUACUUUCUGAGAAACUGGAUAUGAUACACUGGCCCAUAACUCUAAGAAAAGUUACAGUGAUAAACGACCCACAAGAUGAAGAUGAAUGUUCGAGAAAGAGGGAACUUACUAAGAACUGUAUCACUUCAAUGCUUGAAAAAUUCGAGGCAAUGAAAAAUCGAGGCAUUAUGGUGGCUAGAGGCUUUAAGAGAAACCGAAUAGAUCCAGCAAAAGACCUAUCAAAGAUUUAUAACAAGGUCGAUAGAAGACUGGUGAUUAAUUACAAUAGUUCAUCAGACGAAGAAGAAGAAGAUCUAUCAGCAGAGGAAAUUAGACGGCAUAGAAGACAGAGAAGACAAGAGCAAUGCAGGGGAUCUUUGAUUAUUCAGCUUUCAAUGAAUCCAAAUGCAACUAAGUCGAGGUACGCGAUAGUAGCAGAACCGUUGAGGAAAUCAUAUAUCAUAAAAGUGUCUCAGGAAGAGAGGAAGAAAUGGAAGAUGCAAAUGAGCGAUACUUCAAAGACGUUUGAGUAUUAUCCUCCUCUAGCAAACCAGACUGCAGUAUUGAAGCGCAAAGUGGAGAUACCUUUGACACUAGGUCCCAAAACCUCAGACGAGUCACCUGUCACAGUCGCGCCUACCUUACGGGAUAAAAGGAAGCUUUUAUCGACUACUGAUGAUAUUGUUACGGCGCCGAAAAACAGUACGGAGAUGCCAAGUAAUGUCAAAAGGGUAUUGGAUGAUGUUGCGAAAGUGGCAGAUGAUGUAACGAGGAAGCCAGAUGAUUUUGCGAGAGCAGCACUUCUUGUUAAAGGAAAUGGAGUAAAGACUAACAACAGAAUACACUCCCCGCCUGUAAGGAAAAAGAGAAGGGUUUAA